AGACAGCAGGUAUCGCAAUCGGGUCAGACUGCAGAUAUGAACACCGCAGGUGGAGGCGCGACUGAUGCGCCCGCUGCAGAAGGAUCAGAAAUUCAGACUGGGAACGUGACAGGUAAGCUACAUUAAUUUUCAGUAUUGUUCGAAGUAUUGUCGGGAAACUGUUCUGCAUUGUAAAUUGGCCAGGGCAGAAUGGCCAGAGCACAAAGGUCAUCCUUAUCUGAUUCGGUAUCGACAAUGUCAUAUCGCUCCGAGUCGUAUUCUCCUACAGGUUCUGCGACAAGCGAUCUUUGCACCCCGCUUAGCCAUCAUAAAAAGAGAUUGAUUCUAAUAUUCAAAGUUGGCUCGCGCGAACCUUCAACAGCGACCCCGGUAGUGAUAUCAGACAAUCCGCUCGAUGCUCCUGAUGGGCCCCGCCCCGAAGCAGAAGACACAGACGCUGCACAAGAUGAAGAGAUGGGAGGCGUCGGCGAUGAUGUCAAGAAAGAAGGAGAUGCUACUCAGGACGGAGCUGAGGGCGCCGAUAGUACUGGGGACAAUCAGGCAUCUGCGAAAGCAGCUCUUGAGUCAAGUGCUCGCAACCACUUGAUCGCGCAAACACAUUCCAUCAUCCUCCCGAGUUACAGCAGUUGGUUUGACAUGAACAAAAUUCACAAGAUCGAGACGAAAUCGUUAUGGGAAUUCUUCAACGGAAAAGUGCGCAGCAAAACGCCCGCUGUCUACAAGGAUUAUCGAGACUUCAUGGUCAAUACAUACCGACUAAACCCCGCGGAAUACCUUACCGUCACAGCUUGUAGAAGAAACUUAGCAGGAGACGUCUGUGCCAUCAUGCGCGUCCACGCAUUCCUAGAACAAUGGGGACUGAUCAACUACCAGGUCGAUCCUGAGACACGACCAUCAAACAUCGGACCUCCAUUUACUGGCCACUUUAAGGUUACUGUGGACACACCAAGAGGUUUGCAACCACACCAACCCGCGCCGCAAAUAGUCACUACGCAGGGGAAACCACAUGCUGGUACAGAAAGACUAGCCAGCGCUGCCCCAUCUUCGAAGUCAGAUCUCAAUUUGGAGAUCCGACGGAAUAUCUACGAGUCAAACGGCAAGGAGGUUACUCCUGCCGAGGGCAAAGAAGGAGAUGCCAAUGGCGAAAGCUCCGAAACAAAUGGCGCGAAGUCACUAGCCGACACGCUGAAAGAAGCCGGUAAACAAUACAACUGCUACACUUGCGGUAUUGACUGCACGAAAGUGCGUUAUCACAAUACCAAGUCGGUUCCACAUUCGGCGACAGGAAAAACUGCUCAAAUGAUGAAGUACGACCUUUGUCCAACGUGUUUCCUCGAGGGGCGCUUCCCAGCCUCGACGAAUGCUGUUGACUAUACCAAGCUCGAAAACGACAAAUACUCGGCCAUCCCUGAUCGCGAUGCGCCUUGGACCGACGCCGAAACUCUCCUUUUACUGGAAGGUCUUGAACUAUUUGAUGAAGACUGGAACCAGAUUUCUGAACACGUCGGCAGCAGGACGAGAGAAGAAUGUGUGCUCAAAUUUCUCCAACUCGAGAUCGAAGACCCCUAUUUGGAAGGCGAACCGACUCCGAACGGAGCGGAUGCAAACCUUGGAAGCCUGUCAUACUUGAGCAAUGGACGCGUGCCUUUCUCUCAAGCUGACAACCCGGUCAUGUCUGUGGUUGGAUUCUUAGCAGGUCUUGCUGAUCCAUCAGUUGCAGCUGCAGCCGCUGGGAAGACUGUAGAAGAAAUGCGCCGCGUUCUUCGAGAGAAGAUCGAGAAGACGCCCGGCGCAAGGUCAGACAAGGAGAAAGAGAAAGCUCCUGCCGCAGAGCUCAAGAAUGAAGAUAGCAUGGACAUUGACGUUGCGCCAGCUGUGCAAGCACCUUCGGAUAAGCCUGCAUCGAUUCCGAACACGGUCUUUGCCCUGACUGCUGCCCGCGCAACCGCUCUUGCCUCACACGAGGAGCGUGAGAUCACCCGCCUCGUCUCCACCGCUGUCAACACCCAGCUUCAGAAACUCGAGCUCAAGCUUAGUCAAUUUUCCGAGCUCGAGUCCCUUCUCUCUGCCGAUCGCCGCGAUCUGGAACGCCGUCGCCAACAGCUCUUCCUCGACAGACUUGCAUUCCAGAAGCGUUCACAUGGCCUCGAAGACGCGCUCCGAAAGGCUUCGCAGAUGUCGGAUCCAAGUGAGGGCAUGAAGGCUGUCACCGCGGCCAUGGGGCAAUUUGGCAUCGCUGGUCGAGGCGACGGCAUGGGCGUCAAGCGCGUACCUACGGAGCCAAAAGAAGAUGCUAUCAAGCCCCUGAACGCGAGCGACCCGGGAUACAAGGCUCUGGAGAUUUAGCUAAGGUACAAAGUGAAACCACAAACAAAGGGAAAAAAAAUUUAGAAUCUGAGUUUCAUCUGCUGCAUGACUGGUUUAUCUGUUCGCUUUUGGGCGGCGGUUACCCUGCCUUGGUGUUUGAGGAGAAAUAAUGGCUGUCAACAGUAUAUCUGGACGGACUCUUA